CGCAAAAUGAUCAUCUUUUAUUUUAAGCAACAGCGACUCGAGGAUGUGUUCAUGAAUCACUUCCGGGGGACGUUCAUGGUCACAGAAAAUCCAACAUGGCGUCUCACAUGUCGAGAUUCGGGUGUUGGGGCCGUAUACAGAGGUUUGGCAUUGCUGCGUGUAGACAAUACAGCAGUGCAAAUAGAUAUCCUAAUAUUUCUCUUUCUACACCUUUACCCGGCAUUCCCAAGCCUGUGUUCGCUUCAGUUGAUGGUCAUGAACAAUAUGAAACCAAAAUAACCACUUUAGAGAACGGCCUUAAAGUUGCAUCUCAAAAUAAAUUUGGCCAGUUUUGCACAGUUGGAGUUUUGGUAAAUUCAGGUUCCCGCCAUGAAGCCAGAUAUCCUAGUGGGAUUUCACACUUUUUGGAAAAGCUUGCAUUUUCUUCUACAUCACAGUAUGGAAGUAAAGAUGAAAUUCUGCUGUCAUUGGAAAAACAUGGUGGAAUCUGUGACUGCCAAACGUCCAGGGAUACAACAAUGUAUGCGGUCUCUGCUGAAGUCAAGGGUCUGGAUACUGUGGUUAGCCUGUUGGCCGAUGCUGUCCUGCAGCCGCGUUUAUUAGAUGAAGAGCUCGAGAUGACCCGCAUGACGAUAAGGUUUGAGUUGGAAGAUUUAAAUAUGAGGCCUGAUCCUGAGCCUCUGUUAACAGAAAUGAUUCAUGCUGCAGCGUUUCGAGGCAACACUGUAGGCCUGCCCCGUUUCUGCCCAGUGGAAAAUGUGGACAAGAUUGACAGGAAGUUGCUGCAUACAUACAUGCGUAGCUACUACAGCCCAGAGCGCAUGGUGUUGGCAGGGGUGGGGGUCGAGCACGAGCAGCUGGUGGAGUGUGCCAGGAAGUAUCUGCUGGGUGUGAAGCCAGUUUGGGGCACAAGCACACCAGCGAAUGUGGAUCGCUCUGUGGCCCAGUACACAGGAGGCAUUGUUAAGAUGGAGAAGGACAUGUCUGAUGUCAGCCUUGGACCCACACCCAUCCCAGAACUCACUCACAUUAUGAUUGGCUUAGAGAGCUGCUCGUUCUUGGAGGAAGAUUUCAUUCCCUUCGCUGUCCUCAACAUGAUGAUGGGGGGAGGAGGCUCCUUCUCGGCAGGCGGCCCAGGAAAAGGCAUGUUUACCCGCCUCUACCUGAACGUUCUCAACAGACAUCAUUGGAUGUACAACGCUACCUCCUACCACCACAGCUAUGAAGACAGUGGCCUGCUCUGCAUUCAUGCUAGUGCAGACCCAAGACAGGUGCGGGAAAUGGUGGAGAUAAUCACUAGGGAAUUUAUACAGAUGGCUGCUACAGCAGGAGAGACGGAACUGGAAAGAGCAAAGACUCAGCUGAAAUCCAUGCUGAUGAUGAAUUUGGAGUCCAGGCCAGUCAUCUUUGAGGAUGUCGGUCGGCAAGUUCUGGCCACAGGCCAUAGGAAGCUGCCUCAUGAGCUGUGUGAUCUUGUCAGUAAUGUUACAGCCAAUGACAUCAAAAGAGUCAGCACCAGGAUGCUGCGCAGCAAACCAGCUGUGGCUGCUUUAGGAGAUCUGACUGAGCUGCCCUCCUAUGAGCACAUCCAGGCUGCUUUGUCCAGCAAAGAUGGCCGUCUGCCUCGCAUGUAUCGCCUCUUCAGGUAGAACAUCAUGAUUAUACAGUUGUGUACACCAGUGACUGACCUACAGUGUAACUUUUUACCGAGCUCUUUUAUUGAGCCGUUAUGGAGAAGUGCUGCGUGUCGGUGGUAGACAAGGCACUGAAUGUAAAUUGAACUUUGCCUUCGAAGGACUUGUUAGCCCUUAUAUUGUGUGGUUUUGUUUUCAGUAUCAUGUUCAGAGUAAAUAAAAGUGGACGGUUUUGCAGUAACAUGUCCAACAGGCUGGCUUUAGGCAAUUGAAAAGUUAAAGGGCCCUGUUAUAACAAAGUAAUGCAGGAAGUCAGUUUAAUGUUGAGUCUGCUGAUGUGCUAAGAAAUCAUUGGAAAUAAUCAUUUCCAGUUUAUUGAUAAAAGUUAAUAAUUUGAGUCCAAUCCAAAUUAAAUUAUUUUAUUUUUAUUAAAAAUGUUAUUCUGAGUGAUGCUGAUUAUGUAACUGUUCAAAAAUACUGCAACAUAUAUUUUCAGCAACCUAAUAUUCAGGUUAGGCCUGGGUAUUUGCAGAUAUGAGGUGCUGAAAUUAUGUUACUAAAUUUAUAAUAAAAAUAUACAUUAGUGUAUCCAGGAGUUUUUUUUUUAGGAGUUUUUUUUUUAAAUAUAAAACUAAUGCCAGAUUAUUGGUGUAUCAUUAAAACCUGGGUUUUGUGAAAACACUCAUUGUAAAAAUAGUGGUAAUGUUAAAAUCUGCUUAGGGUUAAUGAUAUCGCUUAUGAAAGAAGCCCAUUAUAAGAAAUAUAAAACAGCCAGGCCUGCAGCAACAUUACAACCCCAAAACUACUCUACUCUGAGAGUCGGAAAGCCUGAUUAGAGACUGGAACUGGUGGUUUAAAAGGCUUUCCGAGCAGCAAUGUCUUUCUGUGGUUGAAAGUGCAUCUCUGGUCUUUGCUUGUGCGAUGUAUAUUCUUUGGUAUACAAACGGCUGACUGUAGAGUCAUAGUUUUUCAUUGUAAAUGACUGCCUCCUGUACGCAUCCUUCUCAUACAUUUCACAAAUUCUAAUAAUGCUCUUGACAUUGUACUGUGAAAUUUCAUCUACUUCUCCGUGUCUGUUUUUGUUCAUAAAUGUGGUUUACAUUUA